UGAGAUUCCCAGUUCAUCGGGAUCGGAGCUCGGGCCCGCUGCCAUUCUCGCUCUGUCUCGCGAGCCGACCCUUGCACGGCCAAAGCAACCCCGGAAAUUGGAAUGAGGAGCCCGCCAAUCCCUCAGCUAGUGGCGGCCACAUCCUUCAUCGACGCGCCAGGGGCUUGAGGGAGACCCACCCUGCAUGCUGUACAAAGCAUGAAUUCCUAGUUCCCAAUAGUGGCCGACCGAAGGAAAACAAGCGUGCCCAAGCUGCAGAAUGCGCUGGCCAUGGUUAUAAGAGGAACCUUCUCGCUGUUAGUUCUUUUCCCUGUUGAGUAUUGAAUUCCCCUUCAGCCCUCUGGUCAUACAUAACUUACCUGGGACCAACCAUGCAUUUCAACAAACUCCUGCUGGCACUCGGCGCCGUCGCGCCAACUGUUUUCGCGCAGGAUCAGGGCGAGUCCUUAUUCCCUAAACACUGCUUCCCAGAGCCCUGCAAGGGCAUCACAUCCACAAACGAGACCUACGUCUGCGGCGACUCCCGGCUCGGCCCAGUCAAAUACCCAACCAAAUUCCCCCUCCGGACCGAACUGCGGACAUAUACGCGCUUCGGCUCGCUCUGCCCUGCCGAGUUCCUCGAGAAAUGGGCUACAUCCGCACAGCCCGAUGGGACAUACAUAUACCCGCCCGCCACCGGCUUCGUCGUUGACAACGAGAACGUCACCAUCAUCGGAAACGUCUCCCUGCCUGUAGGCCAGAAGCUGGACCGCUUCGGGUCCGAAUACGGCACAUUCCUCGCACCCUUGGGGGCGCCGUAUAUAGAGAGGUCGCUGCCGCCCAGUAACUUGGUUACGUAUGACGGGGAGUACCCGUUCAAUUAUCAUGUUUAUCAGGUGACGAAGGAGUUUGUGGUUGGGCUGGGCCCGAUUGCGCCGUGGUUUGAGCAGCCAGGCAUGGGGACACAGUUUGUUGCGUCCUCGAGUGUUAUGGCGUUGAUUGACGGUGGGUUUUUGAAGAGGUUGGAGCCGAGCGAAUAUGAUGAGCGCGUAGAGUAUUCGAAUUCGUAUACUGAGGGACCGAAUUAG